UCUGGGCUCUUCAGAGCCCAACACUCUCGUUCCAGAGAAAACCCCUCUUGAGAUGAAGCUUUAUCGCCUCUGUGUCCUUUUAAGCGUCGUUUUCUUCAAUGAGCAACAUGCCUCCACAUUCCAGAGUGGCCAGAUUUUAUUGGCUCUUCCUAGAACCUCCAGGCAAGCUGAAAUUCUGCAAAACCUUACUGAAAAAUAUGAGAUUGUUCUCUGGCAGCCAGUAACGGCAGACCUUAUUAGGAAGAAAGAGGAAGUUCAUUUUUUUGUGAAUGACUCCGACGUCAGCAUUGUGAAAGCCCAUCUGAAUGUGAGCCGGAUUCCAUUCAGUGUCUCCAUAGAAAAUGUUGAGGAGCUCAUCCGACAGCAGACGGCCAAUGACACGGUCAGCCCCCGGGCCUCCUCGUCGUACUACGAACAGUAUCACUCGCUAAACGAAAUCUACUCUUGGAUAGAAGUUGUAACUGAGAGAUAUCCUGAUAUGGUUGAAAAAAUCCACAUUGGAUCCUCCUAUGAGAAGAACCCACUUUAUGUCUUGAAGGUUUCCAAAAAAGAACAGACAGCUAAAAAUGCCAUAUGGAUUGACUGUGGAAUCCACGCCAGAGAAUGGAUUUCUCCUGCCUUCUGUUUGUGGUUCAUAGGCUAUGUAACUCAAUUUUAUAGGAGAGAAACGCUAUAUACUAAUCUUCUGAGACACAUGGAUUUCUAUGUCAUGCCAGUGAUUAAUGUGGAUGGUUAUGAUUACACCUGGAAAAAGAAACGAAUGUGGAGAAAGAACCGAUCUUUUCACAAGGACAAUGCUUGCAUCGGAACAGAUCUCAACCGGAACUUUGCUUCCAAACACUGGUGUGAGGAAGGCGCAUCAAGUUAUUCAUGCUCGGAAACCUACUGUGGCCCCUACCCUGAGUCCGAACCAGAAGUGAAGGCAGUGGCUGAUUUCUUGAGAAAAAAUAAGGACCACAUUAAAGCUUACAUAACGAUGCAUUCAUACUCCCAACAGAUAUUGUUUCCAUAUUCCUAUAAUAGAAGCAGAAGCAAAGACCACCAGGAGCUGUCUCUAGUGGCCAGUGAAGCUGUUCAAGCUAUUGAGAGUGCUAGUAAAAAUAUCAAGUAUUCACAUGGCAGCGGCUCGGAAAGUUUAUAUCUAGCUCCGGGAGGUUCGGAUGACUGGAUUUAUGACCUGGGCAUCAAAUACUCAUUUACAAUUGAACUUCGAGAUAAAGGCGCCUUUGGAUUCUUGCUGCCUGAACGUUUCAUCAGACCAACCUGCAACGACGCUCUAGCCGCUGUGCAUAAAAUAGUCCAGCAUGUCAUUAGGAAUGUUUAAUGCCUUUGAUUUUAUUGCUCUGUGUCCACGUUUUAAUUUACUGAUUCCAGCAAAACCAGAUAAUUGUAUCAGUUUCCUUUAAAUUUUAUCAAGCUUGGUUAAAAAAUGUUCUUAUUUUUUGGUUGUUGUCAAAAACCACAAUAAAUGGCUACCUUGAAAUUAA